AAUUUACAAUACCUAUAAAUAAUUACAUGAAGCAAUCAUAGUUCACGGAUGGAUUUUAUUGUUUAUGGACUAGCAAAUCAGAAUAAUGAAUUAUCUUAUUUGGGUGAUGCUCGCUCUAGCAGCAUGGCCCAAGGUUCAAGCAAUCUAUUUCACUGGAGUCAGAGAAGUUUUUGGACCCCCGAGGGCACUUCGUGAGAACUCAUAUUUUGGCUACAGCAUCACCUACGAUGAAUAUUAUAAAAAAUUAGUUAUAAGUGCUCCAAGGGAAAAUGAUAUCGGUGAAGUAUAUGAUUGCGAUAUAGAAAAACGCAAGUGUGAACCAAUUUUCAGGAAUAUAACGAGAUAUUCGUCAAACUAUAAACAUGAUUAUUGGUUUGGAGCGACUGUCAAAGCCGGACGAGACUUCGUUAUGAUGUGUGCACCACGAUAUACACAGCAUUAUAUACGUUUCAAUAGUUACGUGACAUGGGGAAAGUGUUUCCAACAUUCAAAAGGCAAAUUAAAUGAGAAACCAACUAUUCUAGAGCUUGAAAGAAUUAUGGAUUCGCCAUCACCUAUGGAAGCGACCAUGGAUUCCUUUGGUUGGAGUAUUGAUGUGGCUUCUGAUGACUCCAUCAUUAUUGGUGGGCCUGGCAUGUUCCAUGGUCGAGCGAUGGUUUACAAACCACAAAAAAAUGUGCCCAUAUUCAUGAAGCAAAGCCAGAUGACUCCUGAAUUUAAUUUUGGGUAUUCUGUCGCCAGUGGCACAUUUAUCAAUCACACAAUGUUUUACGCCGUGAGCUCUACUUAUGGAUAUGGGGAGGUACAGUUUUUCGAAAACUUAUUUUUCAAAGGGAAACUGAUUAAGAAAGAAGAUUAUGACAAAGUAGGAACCAUGUUCGGGGCUGUGCUCUGUGCUGCCAAGUUGACGACCGGCAGUAAAACGGACUUGCUUGUGGGAGCACCAACCUUUGGCACUCCUUCUGAAGACAAUCUAGGAGCUGUUUACGUUUAUCUUGCCGUAAAACUGGACUAUGCGCCAACAUUUUCCAAGAAGCUGGUUGGGCAGCCCGGAGCGCAAUUUGGUAGUGCAAUGAUAAACCUGGGUGAUUUGAACGGUGAUAAGUGCGAUGAAAUAGCAAUUGGAGCACCUUUCGAGAAUUCGGGCCAAGGUGCUGUGUACAUAUACAGUGGGGCUGAUCUGGGCAGCCCUCAGAAGAUGGUGAAUCAAUUGCAAUACUUACAGAAGAUAACUCCAGAAGCGAGCUACGCCAAAUCCUUUGGAAUGAGCCUCACGCCCUUGUUGGAUUAUGACCAAAACGGCUGUAAAGAGUUGGCAAUCGGCUCGCCAGUCGUCAAUAGCGUGCUUCUUCUGCGAUGCAUCGCCUCUGUCACUGUGACCACAAAUGUAGAAUUUCCCAAUUUACAGAAUCGCAGUAUGUCUCAUCAAACUAAUUUUGAAUUUAACCUUUGUUUGAUCAUCGACUACCCAACAUUACCAGAAAAAGUUAUUGCAUUGCUAUCAACGACUGUGGAGAUGACUCACUCUGAAGCCCACUUGGUAUCCAACAGUCCUGCAGGCUUCUACACAUUUAAAACCUCCUUACAUGAAAGAAAACGGGAGUACUGUAAAAAAGUACCAUUUACUUUGCCUUUACACGGCCACUACGAAACAGACAUACAAUACCAGAUAACUACCGUACUGCUAAACGAUCCGAGGAACCUCAAAGAUUUCAAUAGCUCCCGUGUUAUACUGAGUGACAAGAGCAUCUUAAAUAUACAGGAUUCUGUAUGGGCCGCCGAAUGUUCUGGGAAAAUCUGUGUGCCUAGGCUGAGGAUCGAAAACUACAGCAUCAGUUUUCAGUAUCCUGAGUACAUAAUGGGUUCAAGUGAACUAGAAAGCAUAAAACUGACUGUGUACAACGACGGCGAGGCGGCCUACAAUCCUUGUGUGAGGAUCAACAUCGUCGGGGUCCCUAUAUUCAAGCACCCCUAUUCUUGUGAACUGGAUAAAUCAGUUUCUGGUGUUUUGGUCUGCAAACCACCUCAUCCACUCCUGUAUGGUCAGGCUUGGGAAACCAGUGAAAUUCUUUUGGAGACCAAAAGUCUGACUAGUUUGGUUAGACAAGUCGUGUUCGAUCUACGACUACUGAAUGACUGUAAGAAAACUGACGAAUAUGAUAAAACGACGGUCGCUGUACCAGUGAGAGCUGAAGGAAUAGCUGUAAAAGGUGAAACUGAUAUAGGUAUGUAUGUGAACAUGACAGAACAAGACAUAAAAGAAAAUGGAAAGAUACUGCAACAUGUAUAUUCGAUCACGAACACAGGAAAAAGCAACUGGAUGGAAGUCCAUUGCACAGUGAUUUUGCAGAUUCUGCCACACAUCCGUUAUGAAGAGAAUCCAGUCAAACUCUAUUGGUCCAAGGACAUACCUCUUACAGCUUGCGGCCUGCAAUCUACAGAUGAGAGGAAAAUGAAAUACCUCUGCACGAUCCCUAGUUUAUUGCCUAACAGACAGCCAGCUAAGAUUUUCAUACCUAUGUUUAUUGUUCCUAAAACUCUUGAUGGAAUUGUUAAAGACACGUCUAAUGCUACAAUCAUGUCGAUCAUUCAUGUACAACUGAUUGACAACAUUCUAGAAGAAAGUGUUCUAACAACGAUAAUGCUUCAAGAGGCGAAGGUGCCAUUGGAGCUGAUCAUCAUUGCAGUUUGUGUCGGAAUAUUCCUCUUGUUCAUCAUUGCUGUCAUACUUUAUAGAGUUGGUUUUCUGCGCCGUCAGAAGAAAGAAGAACUUAGAAGACUAAAGAACCGUGUCAAGCGUCAGACCAUUCUAAGGCAGUCAAUGCAUGGAUCUGCUGAUCAAAAGGAUCGCCAAAGUAAAGAGGGAGUGGAAAACGCUGGUCUUAUGGUUGAAGCCAAAUAAAACGGAAUACGGUUAUAAAUAUAUUGUAUAAAGAACCAUUUAAUAAUAACUUAUGCUUAGUUUAGUUUACAUAAAGUUUAUUUUUGUUCCGAAAUAUUUACACACACAAUAUUGAAGUAGAAU